AUGAAGAUCAGCUGUGGUUUGACCUGGUUCGUGGAGAUUGGCUAUGAUUUGACUUGCUUCGUGAAGAUCGGUUGUGGCCUGGCCUGGCCUGUGAAGACCAAUACAGCACCACAGCAGAACAAUGGCAACAUUAAUAUCGUCCUUCUGGGGAAAACCGGAGUUGGGAAAAGCUCAUCAGGAAACACCAUCCUGGGAGAAAACAAAUUCACGUGUGGAAGAAGUCUGUCUGCUGUUACAAGGACAUCUCGUGUCAAGAGAUCAGUGAUUGAUGGCAGAUCUGUGUCUGUUAUUGACACUCCUGGGUUUUUUAGCAAUAAUCUUUCCCAAGAGAAGCUGGCGAGAGAGUUCGCUAGAAGCGUUCUUUCUACUCCAGGAGUUCAUCGUUUUUAUGCGUUUUUAUUCGUUGUGCCGUUUGGCAGGUUCACAAAGCAGGAGGAGGAGAUGUUCAAACAAGUGAAGGAGGUUUUUGGUAAAGAUGUGCUGAAGCAUGUUAUUCUGCUCUUCACAUAUGGGGAUGAAUGUAUCAGAGAGAGAAUACAGGCAGAGAUUGAUGGGAACAGGCUUGUUAGUAGAGUCAUUCAGAGCUGUCAGGGUUAUCAUGUCCUUAAUCAUAGAGAUCUAAAUGACAGACAGCAGGUCAGUGAUCUACUGCAGAAGAUUUACACAAUGACGGAGAGGAAUCAAGGCUGCUACACCAAUGAGACAUAUGAAUGGGCACAAAUGUGGCCAUGGGAAAAAUUCUGAAAAAUCUUAGGGACUUGUUUUAUGCUGUAAUUGCCUUUUUCCAGAACCUGGGAAGUUUUGAUAAUAGCCACUGGAGACAAAGAAUAGCUCCAUACAUGCGACUCUAAAGAACAGAUAAUUAAUUUGCUUUUAAUUUAUUUUAUACAAUAUGGUUAAAUGUAGCCUAGAUGUAAGUGACAGUCUACUCUGCUUAUGAGGGAAAAUUAUGUAUCAGAGCAAAAAA